AUGGUUGAGAUAAUGUCUAUGGUGAAAAAAAUUGGCUUGGAUAAUGUGGGUAAAAUAUUCUAUAGCAAAAGACGAAUGGAUGAUUAUUCUGAUUUGUCACUACUUGAGAAUGAUUUAAAUGCUAUGAAUUUGAUGCAAUGGGCGGAUUAUGAUAGAGUUGUCAGUUUGUUUGUUAAACAUGAGUCCCUCGUUUGCAGUGGUAACCAGUCUGAGCUUUCAAAUGUUGUUGAACCAUUGUCAUUUGUUGGGAAUUUAGAAAGUUCUGAGGAGAGAAUCAGUCAAGAAAAUGCAUUUGUAGGUAGUAAUGAGAAUCAGUCUAGUGGUCUAAGUAAAACAUACCUGCAGAAUGUUAUUAAUGAUAGGGAAACAGAUGAAAGUGAUGUUGAUGAUCAUUCAGAUGAAAGUGAUUAUGAUGUAUCAGAUGAUGAAGUGUUGUUUGAUGAUGUUGAAGUUGAGUUGGAUGGUUUGAACGUCCAUAUUAAGUUUUCUGUGGGUGAGGGGAAGAAAAAAACUUAG